CCCAACUACUACUGUCUGCAUUGAACGCUAGUAGUAAUAUACUGUAAAAGAUACAAUGAAUCGCUGGGCUAAACUUCUUAGUUUGCAUCACACACAAAAUGGUGAAGCACAAACAGCGAAAGAAGAGCUAAAAGAAGAGAAGAAGGAGCAGAAAACAAAAGUGAACUGGAAGGAGUGGGUGAUUGAUCCCUCUGAAGAGUUUUAUUAUGCCUGGUUGCAGGUCAUGAUCUUUCCCAUUAUCUACAACUGGGUUGUUAUUAUCCUCAGGGUCUGUUUUUCUGAAGUUGACCAGACAUUUCAGGCCAUUUGGUACACCUUAGACUACAUCUCAGAUCUGGUCUAUGUGGCUGACAUAUUCGUCAAGUUCCGCACUGGAUUUUUGGAGCAAGGCACCCUAGUACAAGAUAUGUCCCGGCUAAAAAAACGCUACCUGCACUCCUCUCAGUUCUUUUUAGAUGUGCUGUCCCAGCUGCCCACUGAUCUACUCUACCUGAAUAAUUUUUUUAAAACUCCUUUAGUGCGAAUCAACCGAUUCCUUCGCUCACCUCGCCUCUCAGAGACCUUGGACCGCAUGGAGACACGCACUGCCUACCCCAAUAUAUUCCGAAUAUCCAAACUAAUGAUCCUCAUCUUUAUCCUCAUCCAUUGGAAUGCAUGCCUUUAUUUUGCACUGUCACAAAAUAUUGGGUUUGGAAGUGAUGAUUGGGUCUACCCCAGCCUCAGUGAUAGUCAGUUUAAUUCCACACGCCGUCAGUACUUCUACUCCUUCUGGUUUUCUACUCUGAUCCUCACCAUGGUGGGAGACACCCCUGAUGCAGUUCGUGAGGAGGAGUUUCUCUUCAUGAUCGUUGACCUUUUGAUUGCCGUGCUGGUUUUUGCCUCUGUAAUGGGAAGUGUAGGGAACGUGGUAAUGAACCUGCGUGACCGGGACAACGUCUUCUUCCCUAAUCAUGAGCUGGUAAAGAGCUACUUGCGCAGCCGGCGAAUCAACAAAAUGCUACACAACCGUGUCAAUGCCUGGUACCAACAUCUACAUAUCAACAAAAAGAUCACCCGGGAGAAUGAAAUCCUCCAGCAGCUCCCAGUCACACUGCAGACGUCCAUUGCCGUAAGCGUGCAUCUACCCACUUUAUCCAAGGUUACCAUCUUCCAGAACUGUGAGAGCAGCCUGCUGGAACAACUGGUUCUCAAGCUCACGCCACAGGUAUACAACCCUGGGGAGUAUGUGUGUAGGAAAGGUGAUGUAGGGCAUGAGAUGUAUAUCAUUAAAGAGGGGAAGCUGGCUGUGGUGGCAGAUGAUGGGGUCACUCAGUUUGCUGUACUUGGUGAUGGCAACUUCUUUGGAGAGAUCAGCAUUCUCAACAUAAAAGGUAACAGAUCAGGUAAUCGACGCACAGCCAACAUCCGCAGCAUUGGUUACUCAGACCUUUUCAGCCUGUCCAAGGAGGACCUGACAAACACACUGUCUGAGUUUCCAGCAGCUAAGCGCCUUUUGGAGGAAAAGGGGCGCCAGAUCCUCACCAAGAUGGGAAUGCUAGAGAUUUCAGAUGAGGGAGGAGAGGAAAAGGAGAAGAUGGAGGACAAAGUGGUGCGCAUUGGGUCUAGCCUGGAGACAUUACAGACCAAGUUAGCACGAUUGAUGGUCGAACUGGAGUCUAGUGUCCGCAAAAUGAUGAAUCGUGUGGAGCAGCUAGAACUGCAGACUGAGGGCUGGGAGGGCAUUGUGGCCGAGGGGGCUGGGAGCGAAACUGAGGAUGAGGCUGAUAGAAAGAGGGAGGUUGGAGAUGGUAAUGGAGAGGGAGAGCAAGAAAAGGAACCAAAAGGAGAGAGGGGUGAGGGGGAUGGAGGGGAGGAAGAUAAGGAUGCGGGGAAAGAGGUAAAAAAGAAGUGAGGUUAAUGUAAUAGUGAAAGGAAGGCAGACAGUACUGACAGGGAUAAAUCAGCCUAAAAUAUAUACAUUAUUUACAGGCUAUUUCACCAGAUUAUGCCAAGUCAAUAGAUUAGAAAUGUCCAACAAAAAAACUGACAUUUCCUAUGUUGAGAUCAUGACAAAUUUAAUGAAGUUAUACAGGUCAUGCAGUACAAGUACAGCUACAGAACUUCAAAAGGUCAUGAUGAUGGGUAAUGCAUCCACCUCUCUUUAACACUAGAUGGCAGCAGAUGAGCAUAAGAGCUCAGGCAGUGAAAUUCGUCAUGUUACAGAAAUUUUAUUUGUAUAGCGUUAUACAGUGUAUACAGUGUAUAUACAGUGGACAUUGUCUCAAAACAGCUUUGCAGAACAUAAGAAAUAUAUAACAAAACGUUCAAGAAUUAAUAGACCUAAAUAACUGCAUUAGUGUCUUAAAAUGACUGUGAAUUUAGUUUUUCUAUUUUGUUCUCUUUUUUUUUUUUUUUUU